CAGUAUGACAUGCAGAUGAGUGCCGUCGAUCUUAGAAUCACCGCACACUUCACUCAUUUGGGCAGUCACAGGGGCCAAAACCAGAGUGUGGAGCCACAGUGUGGCGGUGGAGGCAGCAGCAAUGAGAGGCCAUACAGCACCCUAUGACAAAAUGGAACCCACCAGCAGUGUGAGGAGACCUGAAAGUGGCACAUGGCAGAGUGUGGCGAUGGAGACAGCAGCAAUGGGAGGCCGUACAGGGACCCAUGAGACACUCUGGACCUGGCAGCAGCAUGAGGAGGCGGUACGGGGGCCCAUGGCAGAUUACGGGCCUGGCAGCAGCAAUGGGAGGCCCGUAAUCUGCCAGCACCCUAUGACAAAAUGGAACCCACCAGCAGUGUGAGGAGACCUGAAAGUGGCACAU